AUGGAAACCAUUAUAGAGCAAUUUCCUGAAGAUCAUCCAAACAUCAGGCAUAUAUACAAUUGUAGAAGUGACAUCAUAAUGGAGGAGUCUGAAGGAAGAGGAGUGGUUCAACAAUUUCUGCAUUUGGCUAGAGAGAGUCACUACAUUUACUGGGUUAUGGCUGAUGACAUCGCAUUGAAAGUCGAGUUUCCUCACACUACGCAUUUACUUUGUAGGUGGCACAUUAAUAAGGAUGUCGAAGCUUAUGUGACUGGAUUGUUCAAGGACAAGACUGUGGGUGCAAAAAUUGAGAGUCAACACUCGGCAGUCAAGAGUUGGAUGGAAUCAUCGACUGGUUCUUUAGAUACGGUAUGGGCUCGAGUGCAUUUCCAGAUUGGAAAUCUGAUCGUUGGAAUACAUAACGCUUUGGAGGCUAGUAGAUCUAAAGUGGGUGAGAAGUACAGGCACAUGCCGUUGCAGCGACUAAAUGGAAAAGUUUCUCAUCAUUGUCUGUCUGUUCUUUACGAUGAGACGGAAAGAAUGAGAGAGUUGAGUUACGAGGUACAUGUGCGUUGCGAUUGUGCUCUACGGAUCACCCAUGGGAUACCAUGUGCUUGCCAGAUUUAUGAUUCAAUGCAUGAUAAGAAAAGAUUGUAUUGCAACCAAAUUCAUCCAUUUCGGCAGAUCCUUGUCAUUGGUGAUGGUGUUGAUAUACCGCAGUUCGUCGACGAGUCGGCAGAAGAAGCAACACAUUUUCGUUCCCUUGUCGAUGAGGUUUUGGCUAGUGACCUUGAUACGGUUCGGAAUGUUUCUCGCAUUAUUGAAGAUGAGCUGCAUCCGAAUCAUUCAGAUCUUGAGGAUCCGGAAGUGAAUCACUCAACAUGGGGUCGACCACGGGAUCGUUCUACUAGGUGUGAUCGUAGCCAUUUCGAGAAUGUUGAGCGAGGAAAUGGAUUCAACAUCGAACAAUGUAGGUACGCUCACUUGCUCCCCGGACCUAUAUUGCCUUACAUAACGGGGUGGAAUGAUGUCAUUGGUGAUAGUAAUUGCGGCUUUCAUUGUGUUGCCACCUUGUUCAUGGGUGAUCAAGAGCAAUGGAUUUUAGCUCAACAAUUCAUGGAUAAUGAGAUCACCGAGUUUAUCAGCCCACGAUGUUGGUGCAAGCCACCCAAAAUUGCGAAGAUGAAGAUCUCAACCACGAACCGGAACCCAAGGAAAGCUUUUUUCAAGUGCAAUGAUUGUGGAUUCUUCAAGUGGCUGGAUGAGAGUGAUAUUGAAGGGCUUGAUGCGCUGAAGAACAACAGCAAUGGGAUUGAAGCAGUGAUGUUGAAUCUGGAAGAUUUUAUGUCUUAUGUUAGGGAAAUUGUGAGGGUUGGAGUGUUUAUGUAUGUUAUUUUAGUGGUGAUUUUUAUGCUUAAAAAUGGGGUAAUCGAUUGUAAUUGCCAAAUUUGGUGCAAUUGUAACCCAGAUUAA